AUUUUGGUUUAUGGAGUGUCCGACAACAAGUUUAUGUACAUACAUGAUGUAAAAAUACUAUUAUUUCGUAAUAAUAAGCAGUUUUUAUUACCUUACUUCUUGACUGACUCUCAAAUGAUUCGUUCCGCUAUUCAUCUGUGUAAUCUCCGUCUUUCCGCCAGCGUAGUCUUAUCUGAUUGGUCAGAUAGUGUAGUCUGCUGUGAUUGGUCAGAUGGUCUAGUCUGCUGUGAUUGGUCAAAUGGUCUAGUCUGCUGUGAUUGGUCAAAUGGUCUAGUCUGCUGUGAUUGGUCAAACGCGUGUCGCAAAUGGACCGCCUGUCAUUACUGCUGUAUUACGGUUUGCAGGUGGUUGGAUAUUAACAGUGUAUAGAGAGAGAUGGCGUCGAUUUUUCCUUACCAGUUCGAGCCCGAGUCUGACGAAUCAUUCUUUAAUCCUUAUACAGAUGCCAGUAAGAAAAAGGACUGUUUUAGACACUUCUCUUGUAACAGUUAGUUAUCACGGCAUACAUUGUACGGUGUAGGUAUCUUCAGAUGUUAUUAUAACUAUAGUACACCACGCAGUUCUUGAAAUAAAGACUUUGCGAGUUAAUAUGGUUGAACACUUACAUUAACGCAACGAGUUUAUAGCUAACGUUAGGUAAACAAACAGUAACAACCCCAAAAAUAACGGUAACGUUAGCUAAACACAGACAUGAGAUAACGUCACACAAAUUUAAUUUUAAGUAAAGACAAAAAUAAAGAGUCACACUUACAGGUUGUGAUUCGGUGGAGCUUACAGGUCCAAAUAAAGUUGGUAUUGCAACAUCUUUUAAGGAAAGACGUUUAAUGUAUCCUGCAGUAAAGGCGCCAAGAUUGAUGAAGCAAUCUUCUGUAAAAUGACGCGCGCAAAGUAAAACGUUCGGUUUAUACUCCUUUGGUGUCGUUUGAAAAAUAAAUAGUAACCAUUUUUUCCUCAGAAGUUCUUCCUUUGGUAGUGAAAAUAAGACUGACUUAGUUUCACUACAUAGAACACAGCUUCUCUUAGACAUGAUGCACACGUCACGAACGAGCUAGUACAGUGUUUGGGGAGGAGAGAGUUAAGUUUUCGCAGUCAGUAGGCGGGGAUUUUUCUAGUGACGUAGGUACAUUGUGGUUAAAGAUUCGGACAGGUCAUGGCUUGUUCGCGUGAUUCAGAGUCGAUUACCUUUUUUAUAAGCUAAUAACUUUGUUAUUCGUUCACCUUCGGAUUUACAACUUGGCAGAUUGCUUACAUUCAAACACGGCAAAAUUAAACACUUCAUGAAAUGUAUUUUUUAUGAUCUCGAGGAAUGUACUCUUUAAAUGUACAAAUUUAACUGAACGAUCUUAAUUGAAUGUCAAUGAUUUAUGGUUCAUCACUUGGGGGAAAAAUCAUUUUGAAAGUGAUGCCAACCAUAUCAUUUCUCUAUAAUUUUAUCAUCGUUGUGAAAAUCUUUAUAGUUCUCAUUCUUGAUGCAUAACAGCAGUGAGCAAUACCGUCAAAAUAAAUCCAGCAUAAAAAUACAGUUUCAGGCACUGAGAAUUGUUUAUAUUUGUUGUGUUCAUUCCUGUUGCUCAAGGUUGUGGGACAAUCCCAGCGAACACGCUUACACAUAAAAUGUAGACCUUGAAGUCGCUUUAAAUAAUAGCAUUUGCCAAAUGUGUAAAACGUAAGAAAUGUAAAUGUAAAAAUGAAGAUUAGAUGAAACCAGUGUAAGAACAUGGCCAGGUAAAAUGGCCAGGUAAAAGCUGUGACAGCCAUCAGGCAAAUGAGAAACAAAGCUCUUUCAUUGGAGCCCUUCUCCCUCCCUCUGACUCUUUCUCUCCAUUCCCAUCUCAUCUGCUCGCCCUGUCUCUUAGCACGCUGUAAGUGUGUGUGGGGGGGGUGGGGUGCAGCUGCCCUGCGUUGUCAACCAGCGCAUUUCCAGCGCGUUUGGUUCUAUGUGUGCUGGGGGAGGGGAGAGUCGUGCAGCUCCAGCGCAAGAGAGGAGGGAACAGACGGCAGAUCCAUGCGGCUGAUGGAGUCUCCAGUGUCUACACCGGCACCACCACCCGUUCACCUUCUCGCACCUGUCAGCAACAGCGACAUCUCCUCCUCGUGUGAGCAGAUCAUGGUUCGCACGCGUUCGGUGGCCGUCAACACUUCUGACGUGUCUCUGGCCACUGAGCCGGAAUGUCUGGGUCCAUGUGAACCGGGUACCAGUGUUAACCUGGAAGGCAUAGUCUGGCAGGAAACUGAGGAUGGUAUGCUGGUUGUAAAUGUUACCUGGAGGAAUAAGACAUAUGUGGGCACCCUUUUAGACUGCACUCGACAUGACUGGGCGCCCCCACGAUUCUGUGAGUCACCCACAAGUGAUUUGGAGAUGAGGAAUGGUCGUGGUCGGGGAAAGAGAAUGAGACCCAAUAGUAACACACCGGUCAACGAGAACAGCAAUUCUUCCGAUAAUAAAGGCUGCAACAACAGCAAGACUCGAGCCGCAUCAAACAGUAAGGGGCGACGGGGCAGUCAGAAUUCCUCAGAACGUCGUACUCCACCAAACAGCAACACAGAGGAUGUAAAGACUAGUCCAUCAUCUACUAACAAACGCAAGAAUAAACCUGCCUCGGACAUGGAGCCCAACUCAAGUUCAGAGGACACUAAGGGUAGCAAGCGUAUGCGUACCAGUUCAAACAGUGGAAUACCUCACCCUGUUCUUCCCCUCUCCAACAUCAAAGCAGAACCAUUGCCCCCCUCUUUGGAUCGCAACUGCCCUUCUCCGGUGCUCAUAGACUGCCCCCAUCCCAACUGCAACAAGAAAUACAAGCACAAAAAUGGCUUGAAGUAUCAUCAGGCUCGUGCUCACAAUGACGAUGACAUCAAGCUGGACAUAGAUGGCGAUAGUGAGUAUGGUGAGGAUUCUACCUUGCAUCCAGAGCCGGGCAGUUGCAAUGGUGCAUCCAUUUCUCAGAAGGGCUGUUCUUCUCCUGCAAGGUCGGUCACCCCUAAAGGCAGGGGAUUUGAUGCCCAGAGCCCAUCACCGUCAUCUACCAAGUUCAGCUCCAAGCAGCCUGGCAAGAAAAAACUGGAGGCUGACAAUGAUUCCAGUGUGCCCAUGGAUGGCUGUGAGGAUGGCCCCUGUCUUACAGAUGAGACAAGUAAUGAUGGCAUUGAUGACAAGAGGGGCUUAGAUAAAGCCAAGAAGUCUGGAAGUGGUGCUAAAGCAGACAAGCUUGCUCAGAAGGGCAUGAAGUCAGCAAGACCCCUUGUACCCUCUUUACCCCCACAGCAGUUGUACGGCUUACAAACCUCUGGAUUCCCCACCCCCAAUUCUGGCUCCUCUAGUAUGGGUUCUGUCGUCCAGUCCAUCAGCAAGAGCCCCCAACUAAAAACCAUUCAACCCAAAGCUGCAGUGAUGGGAGAUCCCUCAAUGAACGCAGCCUCAAGUGGCUCAAAGGACAAGAAGAAGAAAGAUAAGAAAAAGAAGGAAGGUAGUAAGGAAGGGGACAGUCCAAAGGCCCCUGGGAAAGGAGGAAAACCUGAAGAAGGUAAAAGCCCGUAUUCUGAGAGCUCAGACCAAAGCAGCAAGAGUGAGGGCCUGUUAAAUGGUUCCACGGCGCCUCAUCAGAGUCGGCUAGCCAGCAUGAAAGCAGAAGCAGACAAAAUAUACAGUUUCUCCGACAAUUCUCCCAGUCCGUCCAUUGGUGUGGCCAGUCGGAUAGAAGCCGGGGGGAUUGCGCAACCUCUCACUCCACUUCACGUGGUUACCCAAAAUGGGGCAGACAACUCUUCUGUGAAGACCAACAGCCCAGCGUACUCCGACAUUUCUGAUGCAGGGGAAGAUGGAGAGGGCAAGAUAGACAGCAUGAAGGUCAAAUCUGAGGAUCAGGCUGCUCGAGAAUGUGCCAAGAAAUCUCUGUUCCCAUCUCAACAACCCAACAAGGAUUCUUACUACCCCGGUUAUGAAACGUACUACUCACCCAAUUAUGGCAACCCGAACCCCAGUCCAGGAGUCUCUAAUGCUGCCACGCCACUGCAAGAGGCUGCAGUGAAGGUGAAAAAAGAAGACCCAGAACCAGGGAAUGACAAGGUGAAAUCAGAGCCACCAGAAGAACGAAAGCCAGAAAUAAGUGCAUCGUCUCAGCAGCAACAGCAGCCUUCGGUCAUUCAGCAGCGGCCUAGCAUGUUCAUGCAGCCCCUCUAUUACAACCAGUAUGCAUAUGUACCUCCAUAUGGCUACUCCCCAGACCAGGCCUACCAUAACCACCUAAUGAGCACAAACCCCGCUUACAGGCAACAGUGUGAGGACAGACAACGACAAGUGGCUGAGCAGCAUCGUGCUGCGGAGAAAAAACAAGAAGCUGCUCAGAAGGACAGGGAAGCCUCCUUGAAGCCUGAAGAAUGGAAGCAGAAAGCUUCAGUUCCUCCAACCCUGUCCAAGGCUCCAAGCCUCUCAGACUUGGGCAAGCCUUCCCCACAGGGCAAGCCCAAAGAUCCCUCUGAACCGAGUAAGUCCGUCAUUAUCCCCAAAAUGGAAGAUGGCAAGGGACAGUCCCAGCAGGGUGAGGGUUUAAAAAUGAAGCUGAGUGAAGCGGGGCAUCAUGGUAAAGAUGAGCAAAAGCCAGGCAUUGAGUCUGGAAGAUCUGCGAUGGAUCAGGCCAUUUACAUGUAUCGACAGGAGCCGGACUCUCGACUGUGGCCCUACGUUUAUCCCAGCAAGUAUCCGGAUGCUCAAAAACAGAUAGAUGAAGAGAGGUGCAAGGAAGAAAGAGAACGGGACCGCGAGCGAGAAAGGGAGCGAUAUCGGGACAGAGAGCGUGAAAGAGACAGGAAGGGAAAAGACGAAAGGCAACGUCCUAAAGACACUCCCUCUAAAGAGGAUAGCAAGGAAUGUGCAGAGCCAAGAACCUCAUCAGCCUCAGAGGAGCAUAGAGGGGUCAGCAAAGAUCACCGGGCACACAUGCAGUUUUCCUCACCUCUGCCACAGCACCAGUCAUAUAUGUCCUACAUGCACGGAUAUCCCUAUGGCCAGGGCUAUGAGCCCAGCCAUCCAGGAUACAGGGGGAUGCCCACUGUCAUGAUGCAGAAUUACCCCGGGUCGUACCUGUCACAAGGAUACUCCUUCUCCCCAUACGGCAAUAAGAUGCCCCCAGGUGAGGAAGGUGAGAAGUCUCGUGCCAGUCCGACGGUAAGCGGCAAGUCCGCAUCCGAGUCUAAAGCUUUGGACAUCCUGCAUCAGCAUGCUAGCCAAUAUAAGAGCAAGUCGCCCACAGUUGGUGAAAAGGCGCACCAUGAAAGAGACAGAAGUGGAAGCGAGAGGGAAAGAGACAGUGAACGUCCAAGAUCUUCGCCUUCGCAGCGGAUCAUGCCUUCCCACCAUCACCUGGGCUACCCAAUACUCCCAGGACAGUACGACCUGUCCUAUGCUACAGGUAUCUCCUCUUCAGCCAUUGUUGCCAGUCAACAAGCCUCUGCCCCCUCACUCUAUCCCCCAGCGCGGAGGUGAGAAUGGAAGAAGGGACUGGACGGUUUUGUGCGGACAUGUGACUGGUUCACAUGAGCACACGGUGUGGAGCUUACAACAUCAGUUCAAUGAUGUUCCUGAUUUCUUUCCGCUUUUCCCGGGUUUCCCGGCGCCUUUGACAACCAUUGUCAGAGAAAGUGGAAGGCCAGCCUUUCACAUAACCAACGAACACCUCGGCAUGUGUAGACGCCACCUCUCUGUGCUGCUGGUUGCAUACUCAGGAGAGAGGAAACACUGUCUUCAGAGACCUCACAUGAUGCACAUGUUCUCUUUGAAAUGGACCUCAUUGUGGGAGGUUUGGAAUGAAUAAUGACAUUCUGAAAGUCACUACAUUGUUUUGUGUUCAAACCCGGCCCUUUAUGAACCGCUGCUCUGGACUGCUGCUCUAGAGCCCUGAGGAUUACUUUUUUUUGUUUGAGAAAGAUCUCGGCAUCUUUGUUGUCGCCUUCACUCUCUGUGGACUCUAUGCAAGUGGAAAAGUCUUGAAUUUUUUCAGUUCAUUCAGGGCAGUAAACUCUGUUCAUGCUCCACUAAGCAUUGCUUGAGAUGUCAGAGAGAUGAUGGACAUUUGUUUUAGAUGCACUUCAUGUCCAUUGUCACCCAAACUCACUCCAUUAACUGUUUGGCAUUGGAUAUGUUUUUUUCCUCAGAAGAUAACAGAGCAGUCGUUCUAUUCUGUUUCACAACUGGCCUGGUUUUCAGUUUUGUGACGGGGUGUCUGACAUUUGGAUUAUCCGGGUCAUGGAGAAAAGAUGAAGCAUUGGCUGCUCUCUGACAUGUAGUGUCCCCAAAGGAAGGAGCUUCUGUUUCCAGGCUGGAUUUAUAGAAAUAGAGUCAGUGGAUGUGUGGACACAUCUGCUCUUCCCAGAUCCACAGUCGAAUGGGUGUGUUUGCCAACGGAGACACCAGACUCUGAACUAUGUUUGUCUGAUCACAAACUAAUCCUUCACGCACGGAUACAUUGAUAUGCUGCUUGUGAAUCUCAUGUCAGACUGCAUGAGUGACGUGUGAAAGAGGGCCAUCUUUAAAGCUUGGAGUAACCCCAAGAGCGAGCGAUCCAGCAUCUGGACCUCAGUCCACAUUGAUCCACAGACUCACAGAGCACCAAACAAUGAAGACGGUCGUUGGAAACGUACUUUUGAGCAUUCCCUCACUUUCCUCCGUGUGUCUGCAUGGUUAUAAUCCAGCAUUAACCCGAGCAGAGAGCAGUGCGACCUGUGCGGUCGCCGCACCUUUCCUCCCUCACUAUGUGCUUUCUGUAUAUAUUGUAAAAAGGAAUUAUUUUAAAAGAGGUUGUUGGAUGCUAUUGGAUUUUCUUACCUUCUCGCUCUUUUUUUUUUGUCUGUUAGCCUUUUUUCUACCAUUGUUGACGUAAUAUAUCAACAUGUAGCUGAUGUAACAACUUUAUAUUGGAAGGUUGUUUUUUGUUUUUUUUACAAAUUUUUCUACCCCUCCUCUCCAAAGCCAAGUCAGUCCCACUCUGCUUUGAAACUGUAGAAGCUCAUGCAGUUUUCUUUUAAGUCGGUUUUAAAAUUCUCAUGGGAUUUUUAUUUAACACAACCCGCAAAACGUACAGGCAGUGGUGCGUUCAAACAGCAGGAGGAAGUGUUGGCAAAAGAAAUAACCAGAACGAGGUGCUAUCUAGAGCUAGUUUUCCCAGCGUAUCGUAUAGUUAUCAUCUAAUGUGAAUCUGAAACUCUCAGGAGAGCAUUAUUGAAAUCACAGCCUUUAAAUCAUCUCGGCAUGAUCAUUGCUCUCAGCUCUAUUCAAGAAAAGGCGUUUUUUUCGACAUAUUUUAAUAUUAAAGAGUCCAUGACUUCCUCUUGUCUGUUUUGAACUUCAGCUCAUGUUAACUCGACAUUAGUUCAUUUUGUUGCUGGAGAAAACCAGGCCAGGUCUUUUCAACAUGUUUAUUUUUACCUUUACAUUGUUUUAAACUGUAUUCUCUGCCAAAACCUAAAACAAUCAAUAACCGCAGCACUGGUCUCAGACCAGCAUGAAGAGGCGAUGAUGCCAUGAUACCAUUUUUGUUAUAAAUAGUAAAAACCUCACUUUGAGUUGUUCCGUCUUUGCGCAAAUAGCCAGUUAAACCUGUGCUGUCUGGUGACUUGAUUCAUAAUUGUUGAGGAAAAAGCGCUUGAUUGUUUUAAUUUAUUUUGAGGGUUCUUUUUUUCUUGUUGUUGUUGUUGUUGUUUUUCUAGAAAGUUCUUGUAGAAAGACCAGUUUGUUUUAACAGUUCACACAUUUGUUCACUAUUGUCUCAGAUGGUGCUAAUAUAGUCUGCCCUGUGCGAUCAUCGUGGGAAGAGAAGAGGGAAUUCCCUUUUUUGUUUUGGUUUUCUAGUUUCCAGUGGUAUUGACCCGCCCCAUACCCACACAGUGCGCAGCGGCUCAGCGUCUGUCAUCGGUACUUGAAAGAAAGAUGUUUACACCUCUUAAUUUCUGUGUUUGGAUACGUUUCGCCUGUAAACCAUCCCUGCCUCUGUCCCUCUCUCUCUCUCUUCCUAGAGAUCUCUCAUGUAAAGUGUAAAUUGCUACAUUUUUUAUACAAACUGUAACUUGCCUUUGUACAUUUAGGCAGAAAAUAAAUCUUUUUAUGAGACAAUCA